CGUCCAUUCCUCUCCAACAGCAGGGAGCGCGGGAGGGAGCGAGGAAGGGCGGCGGCGAUGGAUACGUUCUUCGCCGGUGAGAUCGCGACGGAGCUGGUGAAGGAGCUGGUGAAGGUGAUCCGGCGGACGGUGCUGUGCCGGCCGACGGCGGAGCAGCUGAAGCGCAACGUGGAUGCCCUCCUCCCCAUCAUCCAGGAGAUCCGCCACUCGGGUGUGGAGCUCCCGCAGGCCCGGCAGUCCCAGCUCUCCGACCUCGCCGAGCACCUCCACCUUGCCCUCGAACUCGCCCGCAAGGCCGCCGCCUCCUCACGCUGGAAUGUCUACCGCUCCAUGCAGCUGGCCCACCGCAUGGAGAAGCUCGACCGCUGGAUCGCCCGCUGGCUCGAGCGCCAGAUGCCCGCCCACGUCCUCGCCGACGUCCACCACCUCCGCGUCGAGUCCGCCGUACGUCUCGACCGCAUCGAGCGCCACCUCCAGAACGGCGCUCCCGCCACCGCCGCCGCCGCCGCGGCGAUGACGAUGAUGAAGCCGGCGGCGGUGGGGGUGGCGCAGAUGAUGGAAGGGCUGGAGCUCGGGGGAGGGGGAGGCGAGGCGGCGGCGCCGGUCGGGGCGGCGGUGAGGGUCGGGAAGGAGAGGGUGAAGGAGAUGCUCAUGGCGACGGGAGGCAGUGCGGAGGUGGUGGGGAUUUGUGGGAUCGGGGGGAGUGGGAAAACCACGCUAGCUAAGGAGAUCUGUAGAGAUCCCCGGAUUCAAAAUUACUUCAGUGAUAGGAUUUUCUUCGAGACGGUUUCACAAUCGCCAAAUUUGGAGAGCUUGAAAUUGAAGCUUUGGGAACAGAUUAGUGGUAAUAUGGUUAUUGGCGCUUAUACCCAGAUCCCGCAGUGGCAGAUGGCUUUGGGGGCAAGAGACAAGGGGCCAACUCUCAUAGUGCUGGAUGAUGUGUGGUCUCUAUCUCAGCUUGAGCAGCUUAUUUUCAGAUUACCUGGAUGCAAGACGCUCGUUGUGUCAAGGUUCAAAUUCCCUACACUGAUCAACAACACUUAUGAAUUGGAAUUGCUGGGAGAAGCAGAGGCUUUGUCCCUUUUUUGCCAAGCAGCUUUUGAGCAGCAAUCUAUUCCGCCUACUGCUGAUAAGAAGUUGGUGAAGCAGGUUGUAGCAGAAUGCAAAGGGCUUCCUCUGGCUCUGAAGGUGAUUGGUGCUUCUUUACGAAGUCAGCCUCCAAAAAUUUGGGCAAGUGCCAAAAAUAGGUUAUCACGAGGAGAGACCAUAUCCGACUCCCAUGAGAACAAAUUGCUUGAACGGAUGGCAGCAAGCAUUGAAUGUCUGUCGGGCAAAGUUAGGGAGUGUUUUUUAGAUCUAGGCUCCUUUCCUGAAGACAAAAAGAUCCCUCUGGAUGUGCUCAUCAACAUGUGGAUGGAGAUACAUGAUCUUGAUGAAGAAGAUGCUUUUGCCAUACUAGUGGAGCUUUCAAAUAAAAACCUUCUAACUCUGGUGAAAGAUGCGCAGAACAGAGCUGGAGAUAUUUAUAGCAGUUAUAGUGAGCUUUCUGUUACUCAACAUGAUGUAUUGAGGGACCUGGCUCUCCACAUGAGCAAUCGUGAGUCCUUGAACUGUAGAAAGAGGUUGAUUAUGCCUAGGAGAGAAGAAGGACUUCCAAGGGACUGGGAGAGAAACAAAGAUCAACAGUUUGAGGCACAGAUUGUUUCAAUUCAUACAGGUGAAAUGAGAGAAACUGACUGGUUCCAGAUGUACUUUCCUAAGGCUGAGGUUCUCAUUCUGAAUUUCUCCUCAGGCAUGUAUUUUUUGCCUCCAUUUAUGGACACUAUGCCAAAGCUCAAGUCCCUGGUGUUGAUCAACUAUAGCAACUCGAGCACAGUACUGCAAAAUUUAUCUAGCUUCACUGCUCUAAAUAACUUGAGGAGCCUCUGGGUUGAGAAGAUAGUCGUCCCACCUCUACCAAGAACAACAGUCCCCUUGAAGAACCUGCGCAAAGUAUUUCUUGUCCAGUGUGAACUCAACAACAGCCUUAAAGGAUCAAAAGUAGACCUCUGGAUGACAUUCCCUCGCCUUUCUAGUCUCACGAUAGAUCACUGCAUUGAUCUAAACGAGUUGCCUUCCAGCAUCUGUGAAGUCAGUUCUCUGGAGAGUAUUAGCAUUUCCAACUGUCAUGAUUUGUCUGAGUUACCACAUGAAUUUGGCAAGUUAGGUUCUCUACAGAUCCUGCGGAUAUAUGCUUGCCCAGCUUUAAAGAGGCUUCCUCAAUCUAUCUGUCAGUUGAAGAGAUUAAAAUAUCUUGAUAUCUCUCAGUCCCUGAACCUCAGAGACCUCCCGGAAGAACUUGGAAACCUCAAAAACUUGGAGAAAAUUGACAUGAGAGAAUGUUCUCUGAGGAAUAUCCCUAGGUCGUUAUCGUCAUUGAAGUCUUUGGGACAUGUGAUAUGUGAUGAAGAGAUGGCUUUGCUAUGGAAGGAAGCAGAAAGGCAUAUACCUGAUCUUCGGAUUCAGAUAGCAGAACAAUGUUAUAAUCUGGACUGGCUUGUAGAGUAAUGAUCCUCCCAAAGCCCUUUUGGAUGGCUUCCCCAAUGCUAUGUACAUAUAAUUUGUAUCAUAUGUGUUUUAGAUGAAUGGUUAUUAAAACAAAAAGAAUCUAGUGACAUGGGCUAGUAGCUUUGACAA